AUGGGGAAGGCGGCACGCCGCGCAGCUGCGCAAGCCUGGCUAUGCCGAUCGUGCGUCAACCCGCGCGACGGCAAGCCGUGGUUCAACACCGCCGACGCGAUGGUCUGCAAGAUGUGCAAGCUUGCGAAGGGGAGCUGCUAUCGUGGCCCUAAGAAGCCUGCUACUUCCAGUCCAUCGACUUCGACCAAGUCCCCGUCGGCGGACCUCGCCAAGCAGAUCGCCGACCUCAAGGCCGAGGCCGACAGGCAGUACAGCGACAGGCUCACAGCGGAAAAGGAGCGCCUUGAGGCCGAGCUGUUUGCCGACAGGCCGUUUGAGGACAAGGCAACGUCCAUCACGGCCCGAGUCCGCUCAGCCCGAGCGAAAGUGGAGAAGCUCCAGAAGACCCGUGCAUUGCAACAGCAAAAGAUCGACGAGCUGGUUGCCGAACGGGCGCAGAGCGACUCCCAGAUGGAGCAGGCCGAGGCGGACCUACAGCGGCCGGAGGAGGAAGACCGCAAGUUCAUGGUCAUGCAGCCCCCUGACACCGAGGGCAAGGGCAUGGACUUGGACGCCGCCAUCCUCCGCGAGCUCGAGGCCUUCAAGGGCACGCUGGACAAGCUCCGAGCGGUCAAAUCCCCGUCGCCGCCACCACCUGCUGAGGGUGGGCCAGCUCACGUCCAGCAGCAUGCAGGCGACGACGAAGACCCUGACCUCAUGGACGUCGACGCCCUCGACGACACCGAGCUCCGUGCCACCCUCAGCGAGGCAGGACUGCCCCAGCAGGACACCGCCACAGCCGAGGUCAUGCGCACGGCCCUCAAACGGUUGCAGAGUGCCCUCUGCAAGAAGGGCCCCAAGAAGGCCAGGAUGGAGUGA